AUGUUUGAACAUGUUUUUAAAAACAAGGUUUCACCAACUGUCAAUUUCGAGAGCUCUGAAGCUAAUAUAUUGUCUUGGAAAUCAAGCGAUGAUGUACAUUGGUGCUUGGAAAACUUGGAUACAACGAUAGAAGAGGAAGAAAAAACCUACCUUCAAAUG